CACAAUCACCAUAAUCGUCUCACCAGCUCCUGCAGCACCUUACAGCACAGUGCCCCUCCAAAGCUGAUUCUGCCCCGCCAUCCGAUCAGAAGCAUCACCAUGUCCUGGAACCGGCCUCAGCUGAGGAGCGGCACCGAUCUGCAGUUGCAGUCGGCUUUCAACGACGGACAAUGGGCCAACGCUAUCCGUCUCGCUGAGCAGCGAUUCCGGACCUUCAAAGAUCCUUAUUUUGAGGCCGUGAAGAUAUGCGCCGAAAGUCAGCUGGAUUCACCUGUGGAGAAGGCGUCACCUUUCAUCGCCAUCCAAAAACUGGUUCAGGAUCCGUCCGCCGUGAGGGACCCCGACACUCUGGAGUUGCUGGAGUGGGCUUCCGAAGAGUUUAUUGGGGAUCAGGACUUUUCCGAGACCUUUGGCCCCUUGAAGCUGCGCUAUGUCAAAGCAAAGCCCAAGGAAAAGAACGGCGGCACGAGAUGCCUUGAAUCAUGUCUGCUGCACUGGGACUUGAUUAGUGCACAGCAAAUUGCAGCAGUGCUCGGCAAGUCGUUCCCGCAAGAGAGAAGUUUCCUGUUCUGGAAUAUCGCCAUUACCCAUCUGCUAGCAACCAACGACCAAUGUCCAGCAGGAAAGAAACAGCUCUAUGGCAUGCUCGCUCUCAAGCAAAUGCAGCGCGCUGCGCAGUUUUCUGAACAGAGCGGCGCCGAGAGGAAAGACGAAGUCUCCGACCGAGCCAUUAGGACUGAAGAAGAGAUACUCCUCUUUUACCGCAUUCUUGAGGCCCAUGGCUCUACUGCCGAGUGGGAUGCGGCUCUCAAGGUUCCCAUUCUCAAUCCAGUCUACCAAUUUAGGAAAGGACGUAAGGAUUUGUUUUUGCAAGCUAUAGAAGUUCUCGAGCGGAAGGGAGAGUGGAAAACUGUCUACGAUCUGUGCAAGGAUUGUCUCUCAACGACGGACGAGAAUAAACAGUUGAGCCUUCUUGCUUGUGACUAUGCUGUGUGGAAGAAAUUCCUCAAUGCAGCUGGCCAGAUAGGACAAACUCAAGAGGCCUCGGCCGAGGUUUCCGAACUCAUCGACCGUUUUCUGACUCAAGAGGGUGUACGGUCUAUUUAUAAGCGCAACGUCCGUCUGGCAAAGGUUGAAGCAGCAUUCCUCUUUCCCAAGACCGCACAGCCAGGCUCUGAUGCCAUUUCGAACGAGUUCGAGGAACUUCGCCAAUACAUUGAAGUCGAGUGCGAAUCGCCCGCCUGCUUCGACGACGUCAAGGGCUUUGCCGAACGACUUCCGCCACAAGAGAGCAAAGCACUUGCCUAUAAUUUUGUUAUUGGGCUGUCUCAAGAGUCCCAGCACCCUGCGAGAUCAGCGUCUGUGAAGGCACUUGCCUACAAGCUGCAGUACCUCGGACUGUCCUCAACUAAGAACCUCGUUCGUGUUCCGAACGAAGACGUCAAGGGACCAAAUGAUUGGAAAUGUCUCAUUUGCAACACUACGAACAAGUCAUCUACCUGCACAGCCUGUGUUAAGAAACUCCUGGAGUCAACAUUGAGCUUGUACUCUUCCCUGAUCAAUUCUUCCGAAAUCGGCCAGCUCGACUGUAUACCGGAACUUGCUAUACUUGCAGCAUCAUGCUGUGUUAGGCUGAGCUGCGCCCACGAGCGUGGCACUGACAAUCCCACAUCGCCUUCAAGCAACGGCAGACCUGAUCGCUUGCUUCAGGCUGCCCUCAUCAUCGAGGACCAGCUCACCAGAACUCCAAAACACACACGACUUACACUGGUUCUCGUGCGCAUCUACCUUGUGCUUGGCUGCGCUUCCCGUGCUCGUGAAGUGUGGGAUACCGCAGACGUCAAGCGCACCAUUAUCGAUUCGCUCGGCCCCUACUUCUUUGAUCGCCUGUCAACAGUUGCGCCAACGUUGGUCCUUCCGCCGAACAGACCCGAAGGGGGACUGAUGCAGGGACUAAAAUCACAUUACAGGGCCUCACUCAAGCUGAGAAUGCCUAGAAGGCUGGCUGAUGCCUUUGAGGCUGAGAGCUACACCGCAAUUCUCGACAUCCCCAGUUACACUGAGCGGCUGAGGUCGAGUUGCACUUUGGUGAUGGGAUAUGUAGAAGAAUCUCGAGCUGCUCGAGCCCUGGGUAUUCAUAGUGACUCGGUAUUUGAUGAGCCGGCGAUCGAAGAGAUCACCGACAACUCUGUGCUGAACGAGGUUAUCGACUACGGAUCUGUGCCUAACUUGGAGGCUGCCUCAAGCCGGCCUAUAUACGACGUUCUGCGGCUGGGUCCUGAUCCAUCAAACCUACGGUCCCACUUGGCUCUCGCUGCAGAAAGAUUCUUCGAGAUCAUGUCAUUUAAACCGGCAUCGUCUUACAAGGUCGCCAACGUCGCGCAGAUGACAGCGGCAGAGCUGACCUUUGUCGUAGAAUCCCUCCAGCGAUUGGGCAACUCCCUUAGUAGAUUCCUCCAUACCCGCGGGAAGAAUCUUACCCAGCAGGAGGAAACCUACUACGAAGUCAUUUCUCUUCUGACUACCCUGAUUCCCAGCUCUGUCUCCGCCAGUAGAAGCCCGCCGCCUCCCGAACUUCUUGCAAGCAUUGUGUCGGCGAUCAAGUCGGGUCUAGAGGUCCUUCGGGCGCAAGCGCUAUCGACGCUAGCUGAUGCAGAAGAGCCCAAGUUGCUACUGAUGCUGGGCUCGCUCCAUGGCCUGUCGAUUCUUCGCGACGCUGCCGCUGCCGUGAAGCUGGCGACAUCGUACAUUGUGGCUUUCAACGGGCGCGAGAAGGAGAGGGACCGCUCCGGGCAAAGCAACGUGCCCAAGGAUGUGAUGGCUCAAGUCAAGGCUUUAGAGGCUGCAGCUGGCACUGCCUUUAUAGAGGGUAAGGCGCGGGUUGCUCUCCUGAAGCAGGAAAGCAAUACGCUGAGUGCCAAACUGAGCUCCUGGACGUUUGAGACAGAGUCUGGGGACGACUUGUCAAAACAGAUACGUGAAGUGGCAGGAUCUCACGUAAGCGUUUGGUCACAGCGGGUAACCGACAGCUGGCGAACGAAUGUGAAGGGUUGGGAGUCGGUGCGAUGGGAGUAG